AUGUCAACAGAGGAUACUAUGCAGACCGAUCCACCCUGUCAUGUCGUCAAGCUCAAAGAAUUAUUUGAAAGAGCGGAGUUCAGUGACGUCACUUUUGAAGCCUCUGAUGGGAGUAAAGUUCCUGCACAUCGCAGCAUAAUCUCCAUGUGGUCUCCUGUGCUGAAAGCCAUGUUCGACAGUUCAUUGGUAGACGGCAACAAGAAUUCAGUUGUGAGGAUAAGUGACAUGGAUGGCUCCACGCUAAGGCGGCUCCUUUCCUUUAUGUAUGGUUUUGAUGUCAACCUUUCUCCAGAGUCGGUUAAGGAUGGGCUUGCUGUGCUAGAAGCUGCGCACAAAUAUGAUGUUGCUGAGUUGAUGAGCAUUAUGGACACAAAAUUAUGCGAGAUGGAGGUUGAGGAUGAAGCCCUUGUUGAAGUUCUCAAGAUUGCUGAUCGAGUUGGUGCAGAAAAGACCAAGCUAGCCAUUUUUAAUCACAUAGUGGAUGACUUUGAUCAAGCACAGAGUCAAAAACUUGUGCAGGAUAUGAUAUUAAGCUCUGAUCAUCAUGACCGAGAGCUUGCAGCUGAACUUGUCGGCAUUGUAUGGCGUACAUAUGUUAUCGAGGAGUAG